CCCAUCCCUGCUCAGCAACGCGGUGGGGUUGCUUUGUGCCCAUCUUGCUGCGGCGCCUUUUGUCCACCAUGGCUUCUUCGCCGAUGGCAGCGCCCUCACCAUGCGCCACAGCAAGCGGGGUGUCCUCCACUGGGCUCCGCAGGAAGGCCUGAAUGUCGCAGCGGAGUGGGCUAAUGAGUACUUCGUGAAGGCCUACUUUAGCUCUGACGAAGCGCUCCCUUGUUGGUACAGGGGGCCGCCCAGCCGCUGCGGAACGCUUUCCCGCCCUCUUGGGUGCCGUGUUGCAAAACGGCCGGGGUAUGAGCAGCACACGUGUCGUUUUUGCCCGCACUGGGCAGCAAGCCAGAGCCUGUGCCGCUUGGCAGUGAUUUUGUUGCGUUUCUGGGGGGCGAAAGAGUGA